CCCCGUAAACCCAGUAUGUAAAAGUAAUUUAGCAGCAGCAGAUUCCGCUCCCCACUGGCGCCCAACAGCAAGCUAGCACAGGUAUUUCAAGGGGUCGCGCGUCGGUCGGAGGUAGUAUAGACGUCACGAGCCGGUUCGGCUGGAGGGCAAGCCGGUUUCCCAUUACGUCGAACAUGCGGUCCCUUUGGCUCAGAAUAUCAUUGCCCAUCAUCGCCAUCAAGGUCGCGGAUAUUUACAUGUCACAGUCCUUGCUCUCCUACGCCCGUGUCGUUCUUCAAGCAUGGUCUUCCAUCCUGCAGAAACCGACCCUUUCCACGAGCUCAUGCAGCCGCCGCCCAACGAAACUCCUGCUCAGAUGACAGCCAGGCUGAAACGCGAAGCUGAUGCGCAGAGGGUCAGUGACAUGAUUGACGAAGACAUCAAGCAGGCGAGAAGUCUGGCGAGGAAAGAGAAAAAUAUCAUUAGGGUCCUGUUGCUGGGCCAGGCAGAGAGCGGCAAAUCAACAACUCUGAAAAACUUUAGGAUGCGCUAUUCCCAGGCCGCCUGGGAGCGCGAGCGCUCAGGCUGGCGCGCUGUCGUUCAGCUCAACGUUGUGCGGUCAAUAGUGACGAUCCUCGGCGUUCUUGAGGCCGAAAUGAGCGGCGACGUGCCAUAUGACAUUGACGACGAGGACUCUCCCGACGACAGCUCCGAGAUUACAAAGUUCGAUUCCUCAGAAAUUUUGCGAUUUACGGACCGCCACCAGCUCCUUAUGAUCAAACUAGCGCCUUUGCGUGGUGUCGAGGCAGAUCUAAAGCGUCAACUCGGUGCCGGCACGGACCCCAUCCAGCCUUCCCUGCCCAUGUCAGCUACUCCCUUCGAAGUACCGACUCGGAGGCCGGAUGCGAAGCGGAGGACCUUGGGCGAGUUUGCGGUUCGGUCUUGGGGUGACGUGGUGGGGUGCAACGAUUCAGCAAAGGGCUUCAUGUCUAUGGAGUCCGUCACUAUGACCCUUGCUAGCUGCAGACACGAAAUGAAAGCCCUCUGGACGGACAAGACCGUGCAAAUGGCGCUGGAGAGGAGAAAGAUGCGCUUGCCUGAUUCUGCUGGAUUCUUCCUGAAUGAACUUGACCGGAUAGCAACACGCGACUACCAUGUAACAGACGACGACAUUGUCCGAGCUCGCCUACGGACUGUUGGUAUACAAGAAUACCAGGUACGAUUCAAGUCAGGUCCUAUAGAUGCACCCAGAACCGAUGGUGCCUGGGAGUGGAGAAUCUAUGAUGUCGGUGGAUGUCGAACAACGCGAGCUGCAUGGCUACCCUUUUUCGAAAACACGAAUGUUAUAAUAUUCCUAUGUCCUGUGUCCUGCUUCGACGAACGGCUGGAGGAAGAUUACAGCGUCAAUCGCCUUGAAGACUCGACGAUCUUAUGGAGAUCAAUAUGCUCAUCAAAGCUAUUGGCAAAGACGCAGCUUAUUCUUUUCAUGAACAAAUGCGACCUCCUCAAGCGAAAACUGAAGAGGGGUGUUCAAGUAAAGAAAUAUCUCCCCAGCUACGGCGAUCGGCCAAACGAUGUGACUAACGUUGUAAGAUAUCUCCGGGAGAAAUUCAAGGACAUGCAAAGGCAACUAUCACCAGCGGCUAGGCAUGCCUAUAUCUAUCCCACCACAGUGACGGAUACGGAAGCGACGGCCAAAACCCUAGAGUCUGGUAUGCUUCGAUUUCUCAUGCUUGCCAGCUUGGCGCCUUCUAAUGAUAACUAUCUCCCCAGUUCGUGACGGUGUUCUUCGCGAGAACCUCGUAACAUCCCAGCUGUUAUGAUACCCCGGAAGCCUUUAUCAUUAUUUUUCACGACCAUCUGUACAGCGCUUUCACUGCAAUCUUGCUUGUAUAUGCUGCCUCCCUGCGUUUUCCAUAGAAUACAAGAUCUUGUUCGUAUCGAACCGCGUCCACACCGUGGUUCAGCUGUAGCAAAAGGUGUGCUCUGGUGCUCUGGCGUGUAAACUUGACUAAUAAGAUGA